AUGAUAGCAUCCGCCAGUGGGAUUGUUGGUAACCGUGGCCAAGCUAACUAUGCCGCUGGGAACACUUUUCAGGAUGCUUUCGCCAGGCAUCUCGUUAAGAACGGACAACGGGCAGCUACCAUAGAUCUUAGCUUCGUUACCACAGUCGGUUAUUCCGUCGAACUCCCCGAGUCUCUUACACGGCACAUUAAAAGUUCCGUUGGCCAAGUUGAGGAGGAAGAGAUUCAUGCUCUUGUGGAGUAUUACAUUAAUCCUUGUAAUUCAUUGACAGAGACGACAUGCCAAUUAGCUUUUGGGCUAGUUCCAGAAGCAACAUUUCAUGACCGGCGCGUACCGGUUCCUGCAUACAUGAAGUACCCUUUAUUUACUCAUCUUCGAGAUACUAGUGACCCCCAGGAGCACCAACAGACAGAACAUAACAAGGAUUACAAUCUUUCGGCUUUACUUAGCGCCGCACAAUCCAGAGAGAUCGCAGCAGCGCUCACGCAGGACGCCAUUCAAAAGCAAUUGGCCUACAUGAUAAACUAUUCAGAAGAUGAUAUCGACUCAGUGAAGUCCAUUAAGGGCAGUGAAGUAGAUUCAAUUGUCGCAAUGGAGCUCAGAACCUGGUUGGUAAAAGAACUUGGAGCUGAUAUUACCAUGACUGAUAUGAUGACCUGGGGAAGCUUGGCUGAUUUGUCUGAGAGUGUGGUAAACUCAAGUAAAUUUGUCCGUGUUUCGAAGUAG